AUGUCGGCCGCCUCUAACGCGGUGGCCGGCGUGCUUCCAGAUCAAGCGAGCACCCAAAGCACCAAAUGGAACAACAAAGCCAAGGAGCCUCUUAAUCCUGGCUUCGAGACCGGCAAUCUUCAGGGAUGGCAAGUUGUCUCUGGAGAUGCAUUUGGAAACAAGUCCGUCACCGACACGGCAACAUACUGGGACGGGCCUUUCCAUCAGGACCAGAAGUACUUCAUCUGGGGCAUCGCCCAGGCUGGAGAAGCUGCUGUCGGCGAGCUCAAGUCCGGUUCGUUUCGGGCGAGCUCUGUCAUGAGCUUCCUCGUCGGCGGCGGCUAUGAUCCGGCCAAGCUCUACGUCGGCCUCGUCCGAGACAGCGACAACCAGUUGCUCCUGAAGCAGACGGGCACCAACGACGAGGCUCUAAUCCGCAUCACCUGGGAUACCAGCAAAUGGGCCGGCCAGCUGGUCCACGUCAUCAUCCACGACAGCAGCACUGCUGAAUCUUGGGGCCACAUCAACUUUGACGACCUCCGCGUCGGGCCCAAUGCUCUCAGCAACGGAGACGGUCUGACCUUCAAGGUCAUCGGCCAGGCAAACCAGCCGGCACACAACUCAAACGCGUGUUCGCUCUACGCCGCCGACCCGCUGCGCCCCCAGUACCACUACACCCCCUACCAAGGAUGGAUCAACGAUCCGUCGGGUCUCGUGCACUGGAUGGGACGCCACCAUCUGUUCAGCCAGUUCUACCCGGACGCCCCGGUCUGGGGCCCGAUGCACUGGUCCCACGUUGUGAGCACGGAUGCGGUCCACUGGCGCGAGCAGCCUGUCGCCCUCUCUCCCGCGAGCACCAACAUCCCUGGUGAUCAGUCCGGGCGGUUCACCGGAAGCGCCAUGGUCCGCGGGGACGAGCUGGAUCUCGUGUUCACCGACUCCACCGACGCAAAUGCCCACCCGGGCGCCAUCUCGCAGACCGUUGCGGCCGCCAGCAGCACCGACGGCGUCAACUUCACGCUGUACCAGCACAACCCCGUGAUUCCCGGCCCGGAACCGGGGGCUCCGAGCGAUUUCCGCGACCCCAAGGUCUUCUACGACAAGACGGACAACUCCUGGAAGCUGGUCAUCGGCGCGACCAACGGUACUGAGGGCCAAGUCCAGUUGUAUCGUUCCACCGACGGCGGCCCGUAUUCCUGGUCCUACGUUGGCGUCCUGCACACGGGAGACGGGACCACUGGACCGAUGUGGGAAUGCCCCAACUUGCUUCCCCUUGGCGACAAGUGGGUCCUCUUUUACGGAGGCAACAGUGUGGGCUGGUACGAGACGGGCACCUACAACGGCUCGGUGUUCACGAGCGAGAAGCGCGGCCUCAUCGACACUGGCCCGGCAAGCUACGCGAUGCAGUGGUACCAUGAUGAUGAGUCCGGUCGCGACCUGGCCAUCAGCUGGAUGGGUAACUGGCCGACCUCCAAGUGGCCGACCCGUGUCAACGGCUGGACCGGACAGCAGUCCGUCACCCGCGAGCUGUUUCUCCGGGAGGACGGCGGCUUGGGGAGCCGGCCGAUUGCGGAGCUGGACAGUCUCGCGAGCGGGCCCGCAAAUAACCUGGGUCGGCUGCAAGUUGGCGAGCAUACACGCCGCAUUGGAGACGGCAACACGGCGCGGGUGAAGCUCAGCGUCAACCUCGCAGAGACGACCGCCUCCGGGUUCACCCUGGCCGUGUUCGAGUCUCGCGCCGAAUCCACCCUCCUGAGCUACGACGUCGGCAGCCGGACUCUGACCCUGGACACCGUCAAUGGCGGCUACGGCCAGGCGGGGAAGUGGGAGGCCGUCCUCGCCAAGCCUCACGAUGAGAAGCUGAGGCUGGACAUCUUCCUCGACCGCGGAAUUUUGGAAGUCUUUGCUGGUGACGGUACUAUCAUGUCAGCGACGGUCUGGCCUCGCUACGAGCAAUCGACCGGCAUCAGCCUGGUUGGGCGCAAUGGAACGGUGGCUGUCGGGGCCGCGUCGGUCAUCCCGCUGGGUUCGAGCUGGUGCUAG